CCCUGCUGCACUCCCCUGCACGUUUCACCCACCUACAUUUUUGCAAACAUUAGUCACAACCACCAGGCCCUUCGGGCUACGAGAUCGAUACCUUCCCUGACCAUGCCAUAUUUGCCCUCAGGACCCCUGGACUCGUGACAGCGCACGACCAACGCUCCACACUCUGUUGCAGAAUCUCUCUGCUCCUCAUCUCAACUCCACCACCAUCUGCACCUCAGGGUAGCUUGACCAAUCGAGGGCUGUGGAGACUGAACAAGGCUUGGGUCAGUGAAUGCACUGAAGGAUUUCUUGGAAAGCAAUGGCAGGUGCACUACUGCUCACUUUGAGCCUUAUUUUGCUGGGGUGGGGAGCUGAGGGCCAGGGCAACGGACAUGGUAAGAACAAGGUAUCAGGCAGUUCUACUGUCUACCUGGGCCAGAACAGACACAACUGGAGGCCACUGAUCAACGUGACAUUCAACCUGAGUGAGAUUGCCAGCAUCAAAUCCUCCUUUGAGUUUCGGACAUUUGAUCCAGAAGGUCUCAUUUUCUAUGGAGACACAAAAAAUGGGGCGGACUGGUUUGUUUUGUCGCUGAAAGAAGGCGUCCCUCUGAUGCAGAUCAGCAAAGAAGACGUGCUCGUCAGUGUGGCCGGUACCCCAAAGCUCAAUGAUGGAAAAUGGCACACGCUGGAAGUGAGCAACCAAGGGAAGUUUGUAAUACUGGAGGUGGAUGGCUCCAACGGGCUGGUGGUUGGCAUGCAGUCCAAACAGACAGAGAUGGUCAUUUACGGUAAACUUCGACUGUCCCUGGGUGGGAUCCUGAUUGAUAAAGAAAAGAUGAUUGUUCAGUUCAAUCCCCAAAUGGAUGGUUGUGUGCGGAACGGCAACUGGUUGAACCUCAGCAUCCCAUGGGAGACAGAGGUAGACGAGCUCCGGCCUUGCUAUGCAAACAUGCAACCUGGCAGCUACUUCCCUGGCCCAGGAUUUGCCAUUUUCAACACCUCAGAUUUCCAGAUUGAGGAAGAUCAUGGGCUCCAGAUUGAUCUGUGGGGGAAUUUCAGCCAGAUGAAUGGGACUGUUUUGAACAUCAAGGAUUCCCAGGAAGAGCUAAUGUUCACUAUAGUUGCUGAUAGUAACACAAAGGAGGUCACGCUCACCUUUGGAGACGAAACGAUUAGCAUGCAAAGCUCUUUCAAUAGACUGCUGCUGAAGUUUCAGAGGCAUUCACUGGGAAUUGUUCAACAUGAAGAUGAAUCCCAAAUGACAUCCAUCAGUGCAGGGAGCAAGACCAGUUAUCUAACAGCUUGGAGAGAGGGUCUUCUUGCCUUUGGAGGUCUUUUGGGUGAGAAUGAGGACAGUGCUGGCUCCCAGUUCCUGACAGGCUGUCUGAAGAAGAUCCAGGUCCAAGGGAAGGAUUUGGAUCUGGAUUCAGCACAUGUCAAACACAUCUCAGUUUCCUCUCACAGCUGCCCUGCAUAAACCACAAAAGGAUGCUUACACUUUUAGUGUAUGUGGAGUAGACAUGGUGAUCAGCACUAAAGUGUUUUUAGUCUGAAUUUUGUACUUGUACCUCUGAAUCUCUAAAGUGUAAAUAAUUUACUACUGAAUAUGAAUAUUUUAAAAGAGAUGUCUCUUCCACUUUCCCAGUUUUAACACAACAUACAGAUCAGAUCAAUCUGAUAAAUGUGAACGGUUAUGCGACCCCAGUAUGUGCAACAGCACGCUGCUGAAUAAAAUAUGAUUUUCCUUAAA